AGGGUUCUAGUCAGAACAGCUUGCCAUUGAGCUCUUCAAGUUUCACCUCUACGCCUUCCAGAUUGUAAAGCAGUAGUCUCCUGGGUCCAUCUAGGUUCUCUCACAUUCAACCCAGCUAUUAAAUAUGAUAAUCAGAAGAUGAUGUGACACCUCAAUGUUUUCAGCUCUCUGUUCUGUGCAAUCUGUUGGGUUUCAGAUGCUCCGGCUCGGCGGCAGGAUGUGCGGCUUCUCGGCGCUGCUCUCGGUGCUCCUCGCGGCGGUGGCUGCGGCGGCGUCCUCGGAUCUUUUCGACAACCAGCUGGGCGACAUCAGCUACUGCAAAAAGCAAUGCCAGCUCACCAUCAAAAACAAAAGCCCCGCUAAAGACUCCAUAAUGAACGCCUGUUACCGUGGCUGUCGCCUCUACUCCAUCUGCCAGUUCGUCAACGGCAACGCCGGCUUCAACACCAGCAGGGAGGAGUGUCAGGGAGCGUGCCAGGAGGCAUACAUUAAGCUCCUGGAGCAGGAGGCCUGCAGCACCGGCUGUGCCAGCCAACCCUCUGAACCUGAGAUCAAGAGGAGGAAGCUGAAGGCCAUGACUCUCCGCCCGAAGCCCCCCUCUGUGAUGGAGGCCGUGUCCAGUUGGUGCAACGAGAUCGUCAGCUCUGCUCAGAGCUUCAUCUCCUCCACCUGGACCUUCUACCUGCAGGCUGACGAUGGCAAGGUUGUAGUUUUCCAGAGCCAGCCGGAGAUGGAGUACUCUCUGCCCGAGCUGCAGGCUCCUCGAUCCAACGUGGCCGACAAGCCCUGGCCUCAAGUCCACUCUCACACCCAGAGACCUCACGGUGUGAGGGGACAUGGAGAGAAGGGAGCAUCCAAAGCAGGAGGUAAAGGGAAGCACCCCGUCCAGCACGCAGACGACCCCACAGCUGAGCACGACUUCCUCGGCUGCAUGUCCAGACGUUCGGGUCUUCCUCGGUGGAUUUUAGCGGCCUGUCUCUUCCUGUCCAUCAUGGUCAUGUUAUGGCUCAGCUGUGCCAGCCUCGUCACCGCACCAGAGCAGCACAUCAAGACGCAGCUGAGCAUCAACGGAGAUAAAGAGUUUCUGGACAAUGCCCACAAAGUCAACCCGUACCACCUGACUCCCGUGAUCGCCGUCGCCAUGAAACAGUCGGAUGAGAGCCAGGAGGCGGGGCCGCUGCCGGUGAAAGUUGACCUCAACAAAACAUGUGUUUAGAAAGGAGCAAUGGGAGAGCCCCCCCCCGCCCCCCAGGGCAACUAUGUCUCAAAGUCUGUGGCCCAUCAGCAGCAUUUUUAAAAACAUGUUUUUAACAGCAUGGCACCCUACCUACUGUCUUUUAAAAUUAUCUUACUGAAACAUCUAGCUUGUGUUGAUCAGACAGGUUUUUUUUCACUUAGCGGCGCCUGUCGUUUCAUUUCCUUGUACAGUAAAAAUAUGUCCAUCCUCAAAUUAUCCUGCCUGCUUAUUGAUAAGACAGUGCUCUUGUCUCGCUGGAGAUGAGUAGAGAGGAUGGAUUACAGCUGAGAGCUUCAUCUCAUUUCUCAUGUCUGGUGUGAACGAGAGAAGACAAACACAAAGAUUAAUUUUAGAUUCAAUUUUCCUCAUUCUCGCAGGGAGUUUAUGUGAAUUCAUGGAUUACUGAGAGCAAAGAAAAUUAGUAGGAAGUGAGUGAGAGGAAAGGGGGAUAAAUUACAGGUGAGCACCCCUGAGUGUUGCGAACUGCAGAUACUGUAGCUCACAGUUGAUGCUGAGUUUACUUCAUCAGCAUUGUGAGAUAUUUAAAAACGUUGUCUUUAAAUAAUCUUGUAACAUUUUUUUUAUCGUGUUUUGCUCGUCACACAAAACAGUUCUCUGGUGAGCAACACAUUCUCACACUUCAGAGAAAGAAAGACGCACUUGCUGAAAAAACUAAAGCCACAACUUUUAUCACCUUAUUCCUCUUUGUGUGUUUGUGUGUAAAGGGGUGUGUGUGUGCGCAUCUGCAAACAGCACACAUUAAUUUCUGAGUAACAAUUUCAGAACUGCAGAUGGGUCUGGAUUCAAACUGGGAAUAAGCAAAAAUGACACCUUUUAUUUAUUUUGUCUUCUCUAUUUAUUCAGUCUUCGACACGAGUUACUUGUUAAAUAGUGUUACUGAAGUGCCAUGUACAGUUAAUUCAUCAUGACAUGUAAUUGCUCUGUAUGUAAAAUAUACUGUAACACAGAGUGGAAAGAGACACGUAGAGAAGGGAGAUCGCACCUAUUGCUGUAUUAUUAUUAUUAAUAUGAUUAUCAUGUUAAUGCUCUUAUAUCACUUAGAGUUGUUAGCUGUUAUAUGCUCUGUGCCAUGUGCUUUCUAAUAGCUGACUAUUUUGUAUGUCCUAGGAGCACAUACUGAAGGAGAACCUCUGUAACAACGUGUAAUGCAAAGCUUUUAACUUAGACCUUUGUUAUUGAGCAGAGUUGCACAGUCUUAGAGACGAGUUUAUGUUUUCCUCUCAGUGCUUUCAGUGUCCUGUAACGCUCUUUUAAUCCAGGCUGUGUAGACAAUAAACCGUGCAUGCAAGUGACGCUUUGAUAGUUUAUAUCUUAACCGCCCGCCAAGCCAGCAUGGCACAACUUCUACUAUAGACGUGUUAUUUUUUCUUUCGGGUGUCGUGUCAUAUUUACUGUAAUUAUUGAAUAGACUGUGUAAUGAUGAAUGAUAAUAUGCUCAACUUUACAGGAAGGACUCUAUCAAAAAGCCAUUCAAUCAAUAUCUGUGCUGAUUCAAACUGAAGGUAUAUAGAAUAUAUGACUUUCAACUUGUAUUGUUUCCUUUUUACUGGUCUGUUCAUUUUCAAUGAAAUGAUACUGACGACAUAAUGAAUAAAGUGUUUUCAUUGUAAAUAAA